AUGUACGCUUCCCUGCUAUUGGCAACCCCGUUCCUUUACCUGGGGCUUCAAGUCCUCCUUAAGCUCUCAAGAGCCAUCUUCUCUCCAUUAAAGGAUAUUCCCGGUCCUUUCUGGAGUCGUUUCACCACUUUAUGGUAUUUCAACCGGACUCGCAAAGGAAAAUUCGAGCAAGACAAUAUCCAUCUUCAUCAAACUUAUGGCCCAGUCGUCCGUAUUUCUCCGGAUCAAUACAGCAUCAGCGAUAUCGACGCCAUUAAGAUAGUGUACGGGUCUGGUUCCAAAUUCGCCAAAUCUGCAUGGUAUGAUGGUUGGAGACAUCCCCAGCAGUGGUCAAUUCGAAAGCCCAAAGAUUAUUUUUCUUUGGGCCAGCGUUAUACUCCCAAUCGUGGUAUCCGGCUAACAUUUUACCUAGCCGAGACACGGAAGAAAUUCACCGGCUUAUACUCUAUGAGCUCGGUAGUGCAGUAUGAGCCUUUUGUGGACAGCUGUAUCGAGAUAUUCUUUCAGCGACUGGAUGAAUUUGCGGACCAAAAGCAAGUCUUCGAUCUUGGGCAUUGGUUCCAGUGCUAUGCAUUCGAUGUGAUUGGAGACAUUACAUUCGGGCAGAGAUUUGGUUUCUUGGACCGAGGUGACGAUAUCGACGGCGCUAUCAACGCUGUACAUCGGCUGCUGGUCUACAGUACACUAGUUGGGAUCUACCCUGAAUGGCACGCACGCCUGUUUCAGACCUUGACCAAGUUUAAAAUAUCUGGUGCGGGAGGUAGAGCUUAUAUUGCGAAGUUUGUUCGAGAGAAGAUUGCACUUCUCGAGAAAGAGCGCAAUACCAUGGAUAAACCAACAACAGAGACAUCUCAGACACAAGACUUUCUGACAAAGAUGAUGCAGGCGCGCGACCAAGACCCGGAAAAAGUAACUGACUUUCAUCUGGCAAUGAUGGGCCAGUCAAAUGUAGGGGCUGGAUCUGACACCACAGCCAUCAGUUUGUCAGGUAUCAUGUGGCAUCUCCUCAAAAACCCGCAGGUACUGCGAAAGUUACGCGAGGAGAUCCGCGAUUUUACUGAACAGGGACGCUGUAGUGUCAACAUCACCAUGAAAGAGACACAGGAGAUGCCGUAUCUUCAAGCCGUCAUGAAGGAGGCCCUCCGCUUGCAUCCAGCUACAGGCUUACCCAUGUGGAGAGCAGUGCCUGCAGGAGGAGCACAGCUGAGCGGAAAGUUCUUCCCUGAAGGUACAAUAGUUGGAAUCAAUGCCUGGGUUGCACAUUACAAUGAAGAAGUGUUCCUUAACGCUACGGCAUUUCGACCGGACAGAUGGCUAGAGUCAGAGACUGAGCCUGAGAAGAUGAAGGAGAUGAAUCAGAUGUACAUGCCGUUUGGAUUGGGCUCAAGAACGUGUCUUGGAAAGCAUAUCUCCAUUCUUGAGAUGUCAAAGUUGAUCCCUCGCAUAGUGCGUGACUACGAUUUGGUCCCAUUGCGAGAAACGCUGGAUACUUCGAACUUUUGGUUUGUGAAGCCGACGAACUUUGACGUGCGUGUUUCUCGACGAGUAAAAGAGUCUGUCGCCUAA